AACUCCUCCCCGCAGACAGGACGCGUCCUGUCGCCUUUCCAGCGCAAUGGUGUCCUGGAUCAUCUCUAGACUUGUGGUACUUGUUUUUGGUACACUAUACCCUGCAUACUCGUCUUAUAAAGCAGUGAAGACGAAAGAUGUAAAAGAAUAUGUAAAAUGGAUGAUGUAUUGGAUAAUAUUCGCUCUAUUCACGACAGUGGAAGUAUUUACAGAUAUGUUUCUUUGUUGGCUUCCGUUUUACUAUGAGCUGAAGAUAGCCUUUGUGGUGUGGCUCCUGUCCCCUUAUACCAAGGGCUCCAGCGUGCUCUACAGGAAAUUUGUCCAUCCCACGCUUUCCUCAAAAGAAAAGGAUAUUGAUGAGUACAUCUGCCAAGCAAAAGACAAAAGCUACGACACGCUGGUGCAUUUUGGUAGGAAAGGACUAAAUGUCGCAGCCACAGCUGCAGUCAUGGCUGCAACAAAGGGCCAAGGUGUUCUGUCAGACAGACUAAGGAGCUUCAGCAUGCAGGACCUGUCGACCUACCAGUCUGACCCAGAUGACUCUGGACCUGGCAUGGCCCAGCCUACAGCCGCUCAGAACCGGACCAGACCCAUAAUCCGCAGCAAGUCAGAGACGACCUUUUCCCACGGUGCAGACUUUGACAUGACUGAGUAUGAGGUGUUGGGCUUGGAGCCCUUGGAGUCCGCAGAGUUUCUCUCUCAAACCACAACAUCAGCUACCGGGUCCGCACCCAUCACACCGUCUGCGACACCCCAGUCCGGCUCACCCCCCGCUCCACCUGCUCCUCCUGCAGCUCUGGAGCAGCCCGAGGGGGAGUUAGUGAAGGAGGUGCAGGCAGCGUCCAGCUCUCCACAGCUCAGGCUGAGUAAGAGGAAAGCUCCUGAGCCUCCUCGUAGAGUCUUGAGGCCUCUCACUCGAUCCAGGAGUGCUUUCUCUUCAAACAAUGAAGCCUUUUGAAACUCUCAAGUCUCCUCCAGCUGCCUUCUCUGCAAGUUAAAAAUACUGGACGGCCAAAAGCUACACGACUGAAGCAGCCCUGCUUUGGAAUACGGUGUUACCAACGUGGCCUAAGAAAACUCCUCGACCCACAGUGUGUUACAGGUGGCUCACGAUUUAAAAGAAUUAAAAAGCAGGCGUGAGUGAACGGGUUACAUACUAAUAGACGCUUUUUGAAAAUGUAUUUCUGUACAGUGUGUGUCCUUUAUCCUCAUGCUUCAUUUGUUUUUACAACAGAGUCCUGCGCACGCAUGUCUUCCCCGUAAUUAUGUUUAUGAAACCAAAUGUACCUUUGUUGAAUUUCAUCACCGAGACUAUGAAAAAUGCUCACUUUAGAAGAUUCAAGCUAACUAAGAUAGACAAAACUAACUUGAUGUCGGUUGAAUCUAAUCUGCAAAUCAGUGAGCAGCUUAGCUUUUUCACUUUAAUCACAAACCCUUUAAUCUUCAAGAUAUAUAUGCGUUUAUCAAAUUGUCAGACAGCAACGGCAGCGCUGUUUUAUUGUUGACCUCUUGUUUUGAGCCUUUAAGAGAUACCUGAGACAAACCGUUUAUGUUGAAGUGGUUCCAACACAACGCUGCUCCAGAAAAACUAUUUGCACUAUGUUCACAUGACCGCCUUCAGUCAUACGGCCAAAAAUAAACAGUUUGUUUAACUUGAUUAUCAGUAAUUAUUAGUUUAGGCUUCUUCUGUGGUAAAAGAUUUACUUUUGCAAAAAACAAGCAAAAGUCACCACAAAACAAGUUGAUUUUUACAACCAUUUAUUUCCCGGAUAAAUUGGAAAUGUCAAGCUGUAGCAGAUUUUUGUUGUUUUAUAUAAAUGUGGUUGUUUUUUUCCAUAUUUGAAAUCACUGUGUGUGUGUUUUGUUGACUGAGCGAUGCUGAACUCAUUACCGUAUUUGUCGACGUAUAGGUCGCACCUUUUUGCAUAAAUUUGCAAGUCUUGCAACUUAUACACCAAAGCGACUAUAUACGUUUUCCCCACCGUAUUUAUAACACAAUUUUUGGCUGAGAUCUAAUGAUUUCAAUUAUU